AUGGCUAAACGUCAAGCCGAUACCGAACUUGAACGAGAGCUUAGCGUGAACUCACCCGCCUCCAAAAAGCCGCGAUUUGCUGAAACUGAUUCCCAAAAUGGCCAUCUGAAUGGUCGCGAAUGGGAGCAAGAUGAACGCAAUGGACAAGACAUCCUCGCUGCGGCCGAUCUAGAAGCAGCCGAACUGCAAGAAGCUGAACAAUCUCGACCGGAAUCUCCAGAAGCUGAUGAUGACGACGAAACGCUACUCGCAGCUCCUCAACGUCAGUCGCAACCCGUUGAAGGAUACGGUGACUUGUAUCUGGACACAAUCAAUCGCGCCGUUCUAGAUUUCGAUUUCGAAAAACUUUGCUCGGUGUCGUUAUCCAAUAUUAAUGUUUAUGCUUGUUUGGUGUGCGGUAAAUAUUUCCAAGGGCGAGGCAAUAAGUCUUAUGCGUAUUUCCAUGCGCUCGAAAUCGGACAUCAUGUGUUUGUGAACAUGGAGACGAAGAAAGUCUACGUUCUACCCGAGGGCUACGAAGUGAAGAGCAAAAGUCUGGAUGAUAUCAAAUACGUGGUGGACCCGACGUUCACAAAGAAUGAUGUCUUGAAGCUCGAUAAGGAGGUUCGUGAUGCAUGGGAUCUACAGGGCAAGAAAUACCGGCCCGGAUACGUUGGAAUGAAUAACAUCAAAGCGAAUGAUUAUUUGAAUGUCGUUGUCCAAGUACUCGCCCACGUCACGCCGAUCCGCAAUUUUUUCCUCCUUCAAAACUUCCCGGUCCCAGGAUCCCCUCAACUAUCGGUCAGAUUCAGUACUUUGGUGCGGAAAUUAUGGAAUCCAAAGGCAUUCAAAUCACAUGUGUCUCCCCACGAACUGCUUCAAGAGAUUGCGUUACGUUCUUCGAAGCGGUUUACCCUAACUCAUCAGUCAGACCCUGUCGAGUUUCUUUCGUGGUUUCUGAAUAACCUCCAUCUCAGCCUUGGAGGGUCAAAAAAACCAUCGAAAACACCCACAAGUGUCAUUCAACAAGCGUUUCAGGGCCAUUUACGUAUCGAAAGUCAAGCUAUCACAGCGCAUUCUGAUACCACAAAUUCUCGACUAGUAUUCACUGAAUCAAGUCAGACAAACACACAAACAUCUCCCUUUUUAAUUCUCACUCUUGACCUCCCACCUACGCCUCUCUUUCAAUCCGCGAACCGAGAAUCCAUCAUCCCCCAAGUACCAUUGACGACCCUCCUCAAUAAGUACAACGGUAUAACAGCAUCCGAAAAACUAUCCCACCGUGUCCGCCAUCGCCUUCUGCACCCUUUACCCCCCUAUCUCCUCUUCCACAUCAAACGCUUCAGCAAAAAUAAAUUCGUCUCUGAACGAAACCCAACCAUUGUCACUUUCCCCUCCCCUCGAUCCCUGGAUAUGUCACCGUAUGUCGAACCAAAUCCCGAACUCUGGCCUCCUGGUGAGCCCAUCAUAUACGACCUCGUCUCAAAUAUCAUCCUAGACGCAAACGCGCCAACCCCGGGCGCAGGAGAAGAUACCGCCGCAGUAGAUAAAGGCCUAGCAGCUGCCGGCGACAAAUCUACUACCACAGCAACAGCAACAGCCACCGGUGCUGGUGCUGGUGCUGGUAGUGAGAAGGUCUCGUGGCUAGUACAGUUACAUGAUAAGGCCAUGACUGCUGAGAAUGCGAAACUUCAGCAGCAGCAGCAGCAGCAGCAGCAGCAGCAGGCUCAACAACGGGGCCCGGAGUGGUUGGAGAUUCAGGAUCUUUAUGUUCAGCGGACGGAGAGUGAGACGUUGUUUACUAGGGAGUCAUAUUUGAUGGUUUGGGAGAGGAGGAAAACGCCGGGGAUGCAGAAAGGGAAAGGGAAAUGA